CAGAGGAAGUCCCCGGCGGGCGCUCGCAGCCCCGAGGGGUCCCCGCUCCGCCCCGCGAUGUCCCCGCGCGGGGGUCGCCGCUGUCCCCCCGCGCUGCUGGCGCUGCUGCUGGGCCUGGCCGGGAGCCGAGGAUCCCCGGAAUGCCGAAAUCCGGCCGUGUCCCGCCCUGUGACCGUGGGAGCAUCGCUGUGCCUGGAGCCGGAGAAAAUCCUGCGGCAGUGGAAAGAGAUGCACUGGAAACGGGACAUUAAUUCAGGAGAGCGGCUGCGGAUCCUGACGGCCCCCAGGGAUGGAAGUGUCUCCUAUCCCAAAGGUCCUUUCCAUGGGAGAGUGGAAUUCCAGCGGGGAAACCUCUCCCUGUGCAUCUCCCCGGUUCACAGGGAUGAUAACGGGGUCUAUUGGGCCGAGUUCGAGAAUUCGAAAGUGAUUCCAUCCCGGUGCAUCCGAGUGUCCGUGUGGGAUCCCGUCCCGCGGCCGGAGCUGAAAUCCCAAAUCCUGCAGCGGGAUCGGGGCCGGUGCCACCUGUCCGUGCUCUGCUCCAGCCCCGGGAACGUCUCCUACAGCUGGGCCUGUACCGGGGAUGGCCCGGAGCCGGUCCCGGAGCCGAUCCCGGAGCAGAUCCCGGGGCAGAUCCCGGGGCAGAUCCCGGGGCAGAUCCCGGGGCAGAUCCCGGGGCAGAUCCCGGGGCAGAUCCCGGGGCAGAUCCCGGGGCAGAUCCCGGGGCAGAUCCCGGGGCCGAUCCCGGAGCCGAUCCCGGAGCCGAUCCCGGGGCAGAUCCCGGGGCAGAUCCCGGAGCCGAUCCCGGGGCAGAUCCCGGGGCAGAUCCCGGGGCAGAUCCCGGGGCCGAUCCCGGGGCAGAUCCCGGGGCAGAUCCCGGGGCAGAUCCCGGACAGCCCCUCCCGGCUGCUCCGGAGCCUCCCCGAGGGCGCGGAUCCCCAAAUCUGCCUCUGCAACGUCAGCAACCCCGCGGGCUGGAGCGCGGCCCGCGCCGCCCUCACCUGCCCAGAAAUUUCCGGGAAUUUCAGCCUCUGGGCGCUGCUGGCCGGGGCCGGGGCCGGGGCCGUGGGGCUGCUCCUGCUCCUCGUGGGCUUCUGCUGCUGCUGGAGGAAGAGGAGGAAAAACUCCCGGGAAGGGACCCCCGGAACCGCCCCGGAGCAGGAGCUGACCGUCUACGCCACAGUGGGAGAGAAGAAACGCCACCAGGACCCCGCCAGGACGGGCGAGGCCACCCAGGAAGGAGCCACCAUCUACGCUGUGGUCACUCCCAGGACAGUGGAGCACCCCAGGCACCAUGAGGAACCCGUGAAUUUCACCAUUUACUCCACGGUCCAGUUCGACCACAGGCCUUCAUCCAUCAAGAGGAAGAGGCUGGACCGAUCUUUGGUCUCCACCGCCUACCUGGAGGAUAAUGGGGGUUACAGGCGCUUGGGGUUCCCAAAUCCCGCCGGCCACCAGCGCCCCUGAAACCCCGGAAUUCCCAUCCCGGUGGAAUUCUCCUCCUGGAAACUCCAACAGCAACCGGGAUCCAUGGAAUGGAAAUAUCCAGAAAUAUCCAGAAAUAUCCAGAAAUAUCCAGAAAUUCGGGGUUUUUCCCCCAAGAUUCAACCCCCGGCUGCGCCUCGGAGCGAAGAUUUGGGGAUGGAAAAGUCUGGAAGGGAUGGAUUUGGGAUGGGCAGGAUGGGAAUUCCGUGGGGUUUUUAGCAUUUGGAAAUUUGGGAAUUCUUUAUUUUUUAUUUUUCUUGGUGAAGAGCGAGAAGAGGUUUGGGUUCACCAAUCCAAGUUUUUGGCCAACUUUGGGGUGGGUUUGGUGCUGGCGCUCACUGGAGUUGUUUGCUCGUUUCCCUCUGAGGGAUCUGGA